UUCACCAUUUAUUUCCUCAACCUGGUGAGGCUGGAGCCCGGGGAGGCCAUGUACCUGGGGGCCAACGAGCCCCACGCCUACCUGCAUGGAGACUGCGUGGAGUGCAUGGCAUGCUCGGAUAACACUGUGCGUGCCGGGCUCACCCCCAAAUUCAUCGACGUCCUCACCCUGUGCGAGAUGCUCAACUACACACCGGCGCCCAGCAGCUCCAAGAUCUUCCCGGCUGCUCAGAGCCAGCUUGACCCCAGCAUCUACCUCUAUGACCCGCCUGUGCCAGACUUUGCCAUCAUGAGGAUAGAGAUACCUGCCUCCAUCAAGCUGUACCUGGUCUCCGCUGUGGACUCUGCCAGCAUCUUGCUGGUGAUCCAAGGGACGGCCGUGGGCACCUCCACAGCCGCAGCCUCUGAAAUGACCCUGCGUCGUGGCUCCGUGCUCUUCAUCUCUGCUAACGAGAGCAUCUCCCUCCACCUCUCCUCGCCGGAUGGGAUGCUGCUUUUCCGAGCCUGCUGCCUCCUCUGA